UGUCUCGACAGGAGCAGUGCGUGUAAAGUCCUCGAGCUCCGUAACGAGCUGCGCAAAACAAGUCAAGGGUCUAAACUUUAAUUCUUAGGUUUAUUUAAGCGCACCGGAAACAUGUCAAAACCUCUGACUGACCACGAAAAGCGCAAGCAGAUCAGUGUGCGUGGUAUAGCUGGCCUCGGGGAUGUUGUCGAAAUCAAAAAGAGCUUCAACAGGCAUCUUCACUUCACCCUUGUGAAGGACCGCAAUGUGGCCACCCCGCGCGAUUAUUACUUCGCCCUGGCGCACACGGUCCGUGAUCACCUGGUGGGCCGCUGGAUCCGCACUCAGCAGUAUUACUAUGAGAAAGACCCAAAGCGCAUCCAUUAUCUGUCUCUGGAGUUCUAUAUGGGCAGAACGCUCCAGAACACCAUGAUUAAUCUUGGUCUACAGAACACUUGUGACGAGGCCAUCUACCAGCUUGGACUGGACUUGGAAGAACUGGAAGAGAUUGAGGAAGAUGCUGGACUGGGAAACGGAGGUCUCGGACGUCUAGCAGCUUGUUUCCUGGACUCCCUGGCAUCUCUGGGUCUGGCAGCAUAUGGCUAUGGUAUUCGUUAUGAGUUUGGAAUCUUCAAUCAGAAGAUCACUAAUGGCUGGCAGGUAGAGGAGGCUGAUGAUUGGCUUCGCUAUGGUAACCCCUGGGAGAAGGCCCGCCCAGAGUACAUGCUGCCUGUGCAUUUCUAUGGCCGAGUGGAGCACACGCAUGAGGGAUCAAAGUGGGUUGACUCCCAGGUGGUGCUCGCAAUGCCUUAUGACACUCCUGUGCCUGGUUAUAAAAACAACACUGUGAAUACUAUGAGACUGUGGAGUGCCAAAGCUCCUAAUGAUUUCAACUUACAAGAAUUUAAUGUGGGGGACUACAUCCAGGCUGUUUUGGACCGGAACCUGGCAGAAAACAUCUCACGAGUACUGUACCCCAAUGACAAUUUUUUUGAAGGGAAAGAGCUCAGAUUAAAGCAGGAGUACUUUGUGGUGGCUGCUACUCUGCAGGACAUUAUCAGGCGUUUCAAAUCUUCAAAAUUUGGCUGCAGGGAUCCUGUGCGCACCUCUUUCGGGACUUUUCAUGAGAAGGUGGCGAUCCAGUUAAAUGACACUCAUCCAGCACUGGCAAUUCCUGAACUAAUGAGAAUCUUGGUGGAUAUUGAGCACCUGGACUGGGAAAAGGCAUGGGAGAUCACCACAAAGACGUGUGCAUACACAAACCAUACAGUGUUACCAGAGGCUCUGGAGCGCUGGCCUAUUUACAUGUUUGAGACUCUUCUACCACGACACCUGGAGAUCAUCUACGAGAUCAACCAGCGACAUUUGGAUAGAAUUGCUGCUCUAUAUCCGGGGGAUGUUGAUCGUUUGCGCAGGAUGUCUCUGAUUGAGGAGGGUGAUCCUAAAAGAAUCAACAUGGCUCACCUCUGUGUGGUGGGGUCACACGCCGUCAACGGAGUCGCACGGAUUCACUCAGAUAUUGUCAAAAGCACUGUCUUUAAGGACUUUUUUGACAUUGAGCCGGAAAAAUUCCAGAACAAGACGAAUGGCAUCACACCUCGUCGGUGGCUACUCCUCUGCAACCCCGGCCUGGCUGACAUCAUCGCUGAGAAAAUUGGUGAGGACUUCUUAACAGAUCUGUUUGAAUUGAGGAAGCUGUUGGACUUCAUCAAUGAUGAAAUGUUUAUUCGGGAUGUGGCCAAAGUUAAACAGGAGAAUAAGCUGAAGUUUGCAGUGUAUCUGGAGAAUGAGUACAAAGUGAAGAUCAACCCUGAGUCCAUCUUUGAUGUUCAUGUCAAGAGAAUCCAUGAGUACAAGAGACAACUGCUCAACUGCCUUCAUAUUAUCACUUUAUACAACAGGAUAAAGAAGGAACCAAACAAGAAGUUUGUUCCCAGGACAGUAAUGGUUGGUGGAAAGGCAGCACCAGGCUAUCACAUGGCAAAAAUGAUCAUUAAACUGAUCACCUCAGUGGGAGAAGUGGUGAAUAAUGAUCCUGUUGUGGGAGACAGACUCAAGGUCAUUUUCCUGGAAAACUACAGAGUCUCACUAGCUGAGAAGGUCAUCCCUGCUGCUGACCUGUCCGAGCAGAUCUCCACGGCGGGCACGGAAGCCUCCGGUACAGGAAACAUGAAAUUCAUGCUGAACGGGGCUCUGACCAUCGGUACCAUGGAUGGAGCCAACGUAGAAAUGGCAGAGGAAGCUGGAGAGGAAAACCUCUUCAUCUUUGGCAUGAGGGUGGAGGAUGUGGAGGCCAUGGACAAAAAGGGAUACAAUGCCAGAGAAUACUAUGAGCGACUACCUGAGCUCAAACAGGCGAUGGAUCAAAUCAGCAGUGGAUUCUUUAGCCCCAAAGAGCCUGAACUCUUUAAAGAUAUCGUCGAUAUGCUCAUGAAACAUGACAGGUUCAAAGUGUUUGCAGACUAUGAGUCCUACAUCAGCUGUCAAGAAAAAGUUAAUAAUCUCUACAUGAACCCAAAAGAAUGGACCAAAGUGGUCAUCAAGAACAUUGCUGCUUCUGGCAAGUUCUCCAGUGACCGCACCAUUGCGGAGUAUGCCCGUGAGAUUUGGGGGGUGGAGCCGUCUGACGUGAAGAUCCCACCACCUAAUGAACCACGUGAAUGAGGAAGUGGGCGACUACAUGGAUAGCUGGUGUCCACUGAGUGUGCGUGCCUAAUACUGAGCUUCUCUGUUUUGUUGGAGUGCCUUGACUGUAUUUACCUGAUUGAGAGAUUCAGGUUAUCUUUUACUAUGCAUAAGGCCAUGUGCAGCCACCUCCAAAUGCAUUACUGUAGUGUUAACUAAACACACAUAAAAAAAAAACAUACUCUUAACUCCUCAAUGUGCUUUUACACUGUAAACGUUUAAAAUCACUGUUAAAAUACUGUUACUUUCACUUGUCCAUGCUGUUUUCAAUUAUCAUGGUUUUCAUUAAUCUAAAUUUGAUUUGUUGGUCAUCUAAUACUAAUUUGUAGCACAGUCUCAUAGAAAUGAGCAGGAAACUUUGUUUUGACUAGCUUAGUAACAGCUUUAAUUAUAGCUAUUACAGCUAUAUUGUUCUUUUUGAGGAAAUUCUCAAUUUUCUUGCAUUCCUUAUACCGCUUUUUAGGGUGGGGAUUCACCCAAAAAUCAUGUCUUGUACUCAAUCAUGUUGUUCCAAAUCCGUUUGACUUACUUUCUUCCAUGGAACACAAAGGGAGUUUUAUAGCAGAAUGUCCAAUCUGUCCUUUUCUAUACAAGGAUGGUGAAUAGUGACCACAGCUGUCCCUGGCUCUCAUCCAAAUUCAUUGUAUAGAAAAGUGGAAUUUCUUAAUAUAUUCUUUUUGUUCACAAUAGAAUGUCAUACAGGUUUUGAACAACAUGAGGGUGAGAAAAUGUUGACAGUGCUUUCAAUUUUUGGUGAACUGUUUCUUUAAAGGAAAAUUUGAGUUCAAUACAAGUUAAGCUCAAUCGACAGCAUAAUAUUGAUUAUAACAAAAAUAAUUUUCGGCUUGUGCCUUUUGUUUUUUUAAAGAAAAGCAAAAAUGUGGGUUUCAGUGAGGCACUUACCUGGAAGUGAAUGGAGCCAAUCAGUAAAUUUAAAAAUAUUCACCGUUUCAAAAGUAUAGACACCAUUUAUACCACCAAGUAGCGAUCAAUUAUUUCUAAUUUUACAACUUUGUUGCCAUGACAUAACACUGUAAACCCUAAAACGACCAUAAAAACAACGAUUAGCUCAAAGAAUAAACCUUUUUAACCCUCCAAUAAUUGGCCCCGUUCACUUCCAUUAUAAAUGUCUCACUGAAACCUUGAUUUUUAAAAAAAAAAAAAAAUUCUUUAAAUCAACAUUAUGUCACGCUGAUUGAACUUAACAUGUAUAUAGUAUAUAUCUUUUAAGACAGCUCUAUAUAAAAAAAAUAAAAUAAAAAGUGGUACUUAACUAGAACCCCAGAUCAUUAUAUUUCAUGGUGUAUAAGAACCAAAACACAGAAAUAUUUUGUGCCUGGAUGAAUUUCUUACUAAAGUAAUACACUGACCUUUUUGUCAAUGUGAAAUCAGUAGAAAUGUCAUCCUUUAAAAUACAACAACCUUUAAACCUUUCUGAAACAACAACUUUAAUAACUGUUAAUGUACUAGAUUCCAGGUUUUGCAAAAAGUUUGUCAAAGUUAUCUUUUUUUAUUCAAGCUUUCACACAUUAGUUACAGGGUGCCUUGCGUGCAUAACUGUGCAAUAUAAAAACAAAAUCCCUUUGUAAAUUGUUCGUAUAGAUAAUGAGAACAGAAAAUACAGUACAUGGCAGCUGGUUGAAGUGAGUGUAUGGGAAUCAAUCACAUAUGUGUCCUUUAAAUACUGUUUUAGUUACUUUUUGUGAGGGAACCUGUCAAUUUGUGCUCCGUUUCACAUAGUAUUACCAACUGCAGAAAUGUUUAGAGUUAAGCUAAAAGUGAGUGAACAUCAGAACUGCUUGGUCUGUGCUGCAAGUUGUAAAGCCACUCCUGAGUUGAGUUUCAUCUCUAAACAUCUGCAUUUCAGAAUACUAGACUUGAAUGUACACAUGCUUGGGGAAUACACAUCAGAUUCACACUCGUUGUACUACAGCCUUGAUUUCUUGCUACAUUUUACAGUACUGUAUGGAGUGUACCGUGUUAUCGCAUCAAGAAAUAAUAAAAAUACUAAUAAAAAAAAUAUGUUGACUUAAAUGACUAAAUAAUUGUUGACUUAAAUGACUAAAUAAUUGUUGACUUAAAUUACUAAAUAAUUAUGUACAUCAUUGGUUUCUGUGAUUGUUUUAAAGACUUAAUGCUGUUGUCAUGUUGAUAUAUCACUCCGUAUUGUCAGGAACGGUUUAAACAGGUGCUAGGUGUGGCAAUGAUGAACGCAUAUUUGCCUCCCUUCUGUGCUUGAACAUUAAAGACCAAUCUGUCCCAGCCUUGUUAAGUUAUUUAAUGGUGGUUUGUCAGAGAUUAUGUAUACAGGAUUAGGUAGGUGAACAAUACUUGACACUGACAUCACACAAGAUUCCCCCAGAAGCCUAGAAUUGACUUGACUAGAAUUAACAGAUUUUUCUUGUAUCUGUUACAUUAUAAGUCAUUAAAUCCCAAACUAUACAAAAGAAAUUGAUAUCAGAAUCAAAUAUUACACAUUUCCAGUCCUUUAUUGUUUACAACCAAACAUAAUGUACAUCUGUGCAUGUGAAAGUUUAGCAGCUUAGAAGAAAACUAACAAUAUAAACUUUCCUGUUGAAAUAGCUGGGCAGUAUUCAGUUUAUUACAAAACAAUUAUAAUUGUAAACUAUAAAGAGGUGUUGAAUUCAAAAUGCUAAAUUUGGUCAACAUCAAUAAUGACGGCAGAAUAAAAUCUGUGUUCAGAGCAGUAACCUCCAAAUAUUCUGUGGUCCAAAGGUCUUUUUUUUUUUUUUUUUUUUACAUUCAAGAACAACAGAAUAAUUAUAAUUAUGUCUGUCUUAUCAUUGUCCUUCAGCUUUGGAUGAAUUUACUACACUUUUCUAUACAUGGUGGCCUCAAGAUUUCUGAAUGUGAACAUGAUUUCUGGUUAACGUGCCGGUUUAUAUAGUCGUUCAUAAAAACUGAGAUUUUGGUUAAAAGAAUAGUUCACCCAAAAUGAAAGAUGUCUCAUAAUUUACUCACCCUAAUGUUCUUCCAAACCUGACUGACUUCAGUGGAAAACAUACAAUGAAUGAGGACUAGGACUGGCAAGCUCAGAAAAUAUAAAUUAAAAAAAUCUUUGUAUGAAAAAGAGACCAGAAAUGAAAUCAUUAUUCACUGAUACUCUCUAAAUCAUGAUAAAUAGUGUUAUAUGGACAUCUUUUAUGAUGCUCUUCUGUCAUUUUGGAGCUUUGACAGCAACAGUCCCCAGUAACUUUUAUAUGUGAUAGAGGUUCUUCGGAAGAAAGUCAUACAGGUUUGAGCAACAUGAUGAUGAGAAAAUGACAGAAUCUUUAUUGUUUUGGAGAAUAAAUCCGUUAAGUUUCUCUUUCAGUGUAUCAUCAUGACCCCACACUUAACACACUGCUAGAGGAGGGGAAAAAUAUUGUAAUACAACUUUUUCUGAGAAAAACUUCAGCAGUGCACAAACAGAGCUUUUUCAAACUGGAGAGCCAAUCUAGAUCUAUUGAAGCUUGCAUGCACACAUGACCUUGCUGCCAUUAUUAGCCCUAAGAAGAAAAAGUAAAAACUGUCCAUUCUCAGAAAAACAGAACCUGACACACUGAGGAACAAUUCAGCAGGCCUUGAUUCUCAGAAGGGUUACUACAUUGAGAAUGAAUUACAUUUCAGAUAAGAAAUAUCAGAUGUAGUCCAAGUCAUAGUGUGCACUCUCUCUCACUCUCUCUCUCAUCAGAGCAAAUCAAAGAUUUGUCAUUAUUGCUAAAUAGUUAUUUUAUAGAAUCUUGCUGCCAAAAUAGGUCCUUGACUUAAGUAUUGCCUCAUUUACAUGUUUAUAUAUCCAUGAUAUAGUGCCUAUUAAAACUCCUAACAAAAAUGAGAACAUUUUUAAAAUAUCAUAAGUAAAGACACGUUAAAAUUUAUGUUUUGAUAAAUCAAAAGCCCCCUUAGAGUGCUACUGAAUAUUAAUGAGGCAUUUGGAAUCCUGGUAAGAUACAAUGAGCUCAUAAAAAAACAUUUUCAAGAUGGACGGUCACCAAAGCAGGUCACGGUCACUGAGGUACUGACUUACUCACAAUAGGCUUCUUUUUUCUUUUUUUUUUUUUGGCUCUACGGUAAAAGAGAGGGCACUGAAAUUCAAUUUGUAUUAAUAAAAACAAUGAAUUUAAGAUUUGUAAUCAAACAUGUCUAGGUAAUAUGUAUGUAAUUGUCUUUUCUGGAAUGUGCAAAGGGCAUAAAGACCAAAUAAAGAGUAUAUAGUCUACAUACAGAAAGAAAGAAACUGAUUUUGCAUACAGGUUACAGUUCUAGUUUUUCCAUUAACAGACAUGCAAACUCGUAUUGAUCAACUGACUUGAAAUUCUUGUUUCAUGUCAUUCCUUUCUGACAGCAGACAAAUGCAUACCAACCAAACAAACAAA